UAGCGCUCGAGACUCCGAGCUGAGAGCACUGCAGCUCGUAUAUACUUGUAGCCAGCGCCGAUAGUUCAGAGUACAAUCCUAACGUCUUACGUAGUACCCGUAGAUAAAAAAAAAAAAAAGAAAGAAAAAAAAGGAAAUCAAGGAGACGAGCAACAUGAGGGAAAUUGUACAUCUACAGGCUGGACAGUGCGGCAACCAGAUCGGAGCCAAGUUUUGGGAGGUGAUUUCGGAGGAGCACGGCAUUGACCAGUCGGGCGUCUACCAUGGCGAGAGCGACUUGCAGCUCGAGAGGAUCUCGGUGUACUACAACGAGGCAUCGGCUUCGACGUUAUCGAGUGGCGGCAAAUACGUGCCCCGCGCCAUCCUUCUGGACCUCGAACCCGGUACCAUGGACGCAGUCCGCUCGGGCACUUACGGCAAGCUCUUCCGCCCGGACAACUUCGUGUUUGGACAGUCCGGCGCCGGCAACAACUGGGCCAAGGGCCACUACACCGAGGGAGCCGAGCUGGUCGACUCGGUCCUCGACGUUGUGCGCAAGGAGUGUGAAAACUGCGACUGCCUGCAGGGCUUCCAGCUCACUCACUCGCUUGGUGGUGGUACCGGCUCCGGUAUGGGGACCCUCUUGAUUUCCAAGAUCCGCGAAGAGUACCCCGACAGGAUCAUGAACACCUACUCCGUCAUGCCGUCGCCAAAGGUCUCCGACACCGUCGUCGAGCCCUACAACGCCACCCUCUCGGUACACCAGUUGGUCGAAAACACAGACGAGACCUACUGCAUCGACAACGAGGCACUUUACGACAUUUGCUUCAGAACACUCAAGGUUUCGAACCCAUCAUACGGUGACCUGAACCAUUUGGUCUCACUGACAAUGUCCGGUGUGACCACGUGCCUACGCUUCCCGGGCCAGCUGAACGCCGACCUACGCAAGCUCGCCGUAAACAUGGUGCCAUUCCCGCGACUCCACUUCUUCAUGCCCGGUUUUGCCCCGUUGACCUCGCGUUCGAUGCAACAGUACUCGGCUCUGUCGGUGCCCGAGCUCACCCAACAGAUGUUCGACGCCAAGAACAUGAUGGCUGCCUGCGAUCCACGUCACGGACGCUACCUCACCGUUGCCGCCGUUUUCCGUGGUCGCAUGUCCAUGAAGGAGGUUGACGAGCAAAUGCUCAGCGUCCAGAACAAGAACAGCUCGUACUUCGUUGAGUGGAUCCCGAACAACGUCAAGACCGCCGUGUGCGACAUACCACCACGUGGUCUGAAGAUGUCGGCAACUUUCAUUGGCAACACAACGGCCAUUCAAGAGCUGUUCAAGCGUAUUUCCGAGCAGUUCAGUGCCAUGUUCCGGAGAAAAGCUUUCUUGCAUUGGUACACGGGUGAGGGUAUGGACGAGAUGGAAUUCACCGAGGCAGAGUCGAACAUGAACGAUCUGGUAUCAGAAUACCAACAGUACCAGGAGGCAACUACCGAGGAAGAUUUUGAGACUGAGGACGCGGGCGAUGAUUUCGAGACGUGCGAUCAGGAGUAGGAUGGAUGGGUUUUGACAGUCCACGAGGAAUGUGAUUCGAGGUCGAAUCGAACGCUCAACAAGAUCGGCGAUUUGUUUGUUAAGUCUAGAGGUGUAAUAUUGUAAGGCGGAUAUUAUAUAAAGCGGGAGAUUUUUAAAGUUUUAUAUACGUAGUAUGGGAUGAGAUGUACAAAAUUAUGCAUGUAACGAAAUUAUUUUUCAUCGAUUGGCUUUGUGUCUUUGAGAAUCAAGUAACGUGGAGAUUAAACAAAAAUUUUCGUUUGUUUUCUAAUAGAUAUUAUUUGUUCUGGUACUUUAGUACUUACAUAUGCAAUUAAACUUCGGGUUUAUGUCUUUUAGAAUAUUUUUAAUAUUCAUGUUCGGUUAUGAAUCUUUGAGAUUAAAUUUUAUUUGCGAUGUACUACAUAUUUAUGCAUAUUAUAACUAUAUCUUGUAGCAUUUAUGAAGCAUUUAGAAUUAAAUUUUUAUCGGACGAAUUUGGACGUUUUUUUUUUUUUAACGUAAAAAUAACGAAUGCUAUGAAAAAUUGUACUGAAAUACAAAAAAAUAGUAUACACAAGAACGGCACAUUUUGUAAUAGGAGUUUUUGGGACCUUUGAAUAUUUAUCCAAAUCCUAAAUUGUUUCAGUACGUCAUCAGUCUUUUGAAAUGGUUUUGAAUUCCUCUUUAGUGAACCAAAAACAAUUAUGACACGCUGGGAUGUUCCUGUGUUUUAUUUUUUUUGUGAUUCUGUUAUCUAAACGAAACCAUUAUGAUAAAUUUUAGAAUUGUGUAAGCUUACAAUUAGUUUACAUUUUUUAUUUCAUUCAGAAUUUUUUUACGUUUCAAAUGGUAAUUAAAAUAUCAUUAAUAGCAAAAA